CCUCCCAUCCCGCCAGUCCCCUCCUUUUGGACGCGCUCUGCCGCCUGUCGCCCGCAAUGUCUGGCCAGCAGUGUCUCCGCCGCCUAGCGGCCUCUCCGCCGCCAUUGCGAGCCAUGCCGACGCUUCGCGCCUCCUCGAGAGCUGCCCGGUUACCGGCAACCGCCAAUGCGACACGCAGCUACUCUGCCGUAUCAAGAGCGGCAUCAUCCGGCCUCCUGGGCCAGGCCUCAAAACGGCCCGCACAGCUAUUCCCGCCGCGCAUUGCCCUCGUCGCGCAGUCACGGAGCUAUGCCGACAAGAUCGUCAAGGUGCCCCAGAUGGCCGAGUCCAUCACGGAGGGUACAUUGAAGCAGUGGUCCAAGCAGGUGGGCGACUUCGUUGAGCAAGAUGAGGAAAUUGCUACCAUUGAGACGGACAAGAUCGACGUCUCCGUGAACGCACCCGAUGCCGGUACCAUCAAGGAGUUCCUGGUCAACGAGGAGGACACGGUCACAGUCGGGCAGGAGAUCGUAAAGAUGGAGCUGGGUGGGGAGCCUUCCGGUGGUGCAAAGGAGCAGGCAAAGGAAGAGCCGAAGGAGCCCGCGACCAGGGACCAAGAAACGUCCUCGCAGCCUGAGGGCGGGCAAGAGAAGACCCAGGAACAGCCAAAGCAGGAGGAGAAGCCACAGCCUCCGAAACAAGAGUCGAAGCCCGAACCUCCCAAGCAGGAAUCCAAGCCCCAGCCUCCGCCGCAGAAGCCAUCACCACCCAAGGAGCCUAAGGAGUCGGACACGAAGCAGGCUCCCGCGCCAGGGAACCGCGAAGAGCGACGUGUCAAGAUGAACCGCAUGCGCCUACGGAUCGCCGAGCGUCUCAAGCAAUCGCAAAACACGGCAGCCGCCCUCACCACCUUCAAUGAGGUUGACAUGUCUUCCCUUAUGGAGUUCCGCAAGCUCUACAAGGACGAGAUCCUCAAGAAGCAGGGUGUGAAGCUUGGUUUCAUGUCCGCCUUCUCCCGCGCCUGCGUGCUCGCGAUGAAGGAUCUACCGGCAGUCAACGCCUCCAUUGAGGGGCCCAAGGGCGGCGAUACCAUUGUCUACCGCGACUACGUCGAUAUUUCUGUAGCUGUCGCGACCGAGAAGGGUCUAGUUACGCCCGUUGUGCGCAAUGCCGAGUCUAUGGACUUGGUGGCUAUUGAGAAAUCUAUCGCCGACCUUGGUAAGAAGGCGAGAGAUAAUAAGCUCACAAUCGAGGACAUGGCUGGGGGUACCUUCACUAUCAGCAACGGCGGCGUUUUUGGCAGUUUGAUGGGUACGCCCAUCAUCAACUUGCCCCAGACUGCUGUGCUGGGUCUGCACGCGAUCAAGGAAAAGCCCGUGGUCGUGAACGGCAAGGUGGAGAUUCGACCAAUGAUGUACCUUGCUCUGACGUAUGACCACCGUCUGCUCGACGGGAGGGAGGCCGUGACCUUCCUGGUAAAGGUCAAGGAGUUCAUCGAGGACCCCAGGAAGAUGCUCCUUGGUUAAAUGCUCGUCUCUCCUUUGUUUUAGCAUUUUGUUGUACCUGUGCAUUUCCGGACUACAUGCCGCUGUCUAUACAUGUGAGGCAUAGGGCAGUUGGGUCCGACCGAUAUGUGGGGUGGAUUAGCAUGGUUGGGGAAAUGUACGACUAGGGUGCAGAUGAAUACACGAGCGAUUUUGUACAGCAUAUUACGAUGGCGUACUCGUGUGUGUGAGAGAGAGUGAGAGAGAGAGAGAGAGAGAGAGAGAAGGGGGGCCUCUGCUUGAGUGAUGCUAUGUAUGGGCUCCUAUGCCUCUGCCGUCCGGUAGGGUAUUACGACGGGUCUCUAGUUGUUCAGAACAUUAACAUGGAUUUCUAGCAGACUCUCUUUUGUUAUAAUAUUAAUUCCGCUCUUUUAGUCAGCUUCCUUG